CUGGAGAAGUCCAUCAAAGUUGAAGCAGUAGCAGCAACAAUAGCAAUAGACAAAUAUGAAUGUGAAAGGCAUGACUACAGUCUUGGCUAUGCUAUUCUACGCUAUUAUUGUUCAAGGCUUUCCCAUGUUCAAAGGAGGGCGCUGUCUUUGCAGAGACCAUGGAGUAAAAGCAGUGAAAGUAAAAGAUGUUGAGCAAGCUUCUGUAAUUUACCCAAGUAACAACUGUAACAAAAUAGAAGUGAUCAUCACUCUGAAAGCACAUAAAGGAAAACGAUGCCUAAAUCCUAGAUCAAAGCAAGGAAAAAUUAUAAUCAAGAGAGCUGAAAAAAUACAUUUUUUAAAUUCUCAAAAUGUAUGAAGUUCUGGAAAUGAAGAUUUGAAAACCUACAAGGUGAACUCUGACUACUGAAAUGUUAAGAAUUCUGCAACAGGAAACUGACUUUUCCCUGUCUAUUGCAAUACACAUUCAUGACUUUCUAGAUUAGUGAACCUUCUAGGAGAUUGGAUAUUUACAAGUAUUCUACUGUGACUACAUAAACAUUUCUAUCUCUAAAAGCAAACUUUGCUAGAGCUACAUUCAAUAUUAUAAUCUGCAGUUAUAAUGAAGUCAUUAUACUGGAGUCAAGAUAGUAAAAGUCAAAAGUGUAAUAAAGCAUUCCUCAAAUAUUUUUAUGCAAAUCUGCAUUUAUGUUUCAGAAAACAUACAGCAUAUGAACAUCUAUAAAUAAAGGUCUUCUCUGUCCUGUAUUAUAAAAAAAAAAAACCUAUAAUUUGUGAGAUACAUUAAGAAAAGCCUUGCAAACUUAGGGGAACCAAUAAAAGUGCAAAUAUUUCAUAACUGAAUCAGUAGAUUUGGUAUCAAUUUUAUCUUUUUGAACAACUUGGGAUUUUUUCCCACUGAGAUAUUUUGAAUAAAUUAGGAUAUG